CCCGCCCCCGACCGCUUCGCAGCGCCAGCCGAGCAGAGGCUGCAAAGGCGGGCGGCUCAGCAGCUGGCCGCGAGUGAGUGCGCGCUGCCCCACGGAACUUCCCCGCAGCCGCCCCGGCGGUGCCCGCCUGUCCCCCUCCAUGUCCCGCAAGGCGAGCGAGGACGUGGAGUACACGCUGCGCAGCCUGAGCAGCCUGAUGGGCGAGCGGCGCCGCCGGCAGCCGGAGCCGGGGGCGCCGGGCGGGGAGCGCAGCCUGCUGGCCGCUGAGUCGGCCACCAGCCUGCAGGGCGCGGAGCUGGAGCGCGCCGCUCGCCGGCAGUUCCAGCGCGACGAGACCCCCGCCUUCGUCUAUGCGGCCGCCGCCUUCUCGGCGCUCGGCGGCUUCCUGUUCGGCUACGACACCGGCGUGGUGUCGGGGGCCAUGCUGCUGCUGCGGCGCCAGAUGCGCCUGGGCGCGAUGUGGCAGGAGCUGCUGGUGUCGGGCGCGGUGGGCGCGGCCGCCGUCGCGGCGCUGGCCGGAGGGGCCCUGAACGGAGCUCUCGGCCGGCGCAGCGCCAUCCUGCUCGCCAGCGCCCUGUGCACCGCGGGCUCCGCCGUGCUGGCCGCCGCCGCCAACAAGGAGACGCUGCUGGCCGGCCGCCUGGUCGUGGGGCUCGGCAUCGGCAUUGCUUCCAUGACCGUGCCCGUGUACAUCGCAGAGGUUUCUCCACCCAACCUGAGAGGUCGACUGGUCACCAUUAAUACCCUCUUCAUCACAGGGGGACAGUUCUUUGCAAGUGUCGUUGAUGGAGCCUUCAGUUACCUGCAGAAGGAUGGAUGGAGGUACAUGUUGGGACUUGCAGCAAUUCCAGCCGUUAUACAGUUCCUUGGAUUUCUCUUUUUGCCCGAAAGCCCUCGCUGGCUCAUUCAGAAAGGACAGACUCAGAAGGCCCGCAGAAUUUUGUCUCAGAUGCGUGGCAAUCAGACUAUUGAUGAGGAGUAUGACAGCAUCAGAAACAGCAUCGAGGAGGAGGAAAAGGAAGUCAGCGCAGCUGGACCUAUAAUCUGCAGAAUGCUGAGUUACCCCCCUACUCGCCGAGCCUUAGUCGUGGGGUGUGGUUUACAGAUGUUCCAGCAGCUCUCUGGCAUCAACACCAUCAUGUACUACAGUGCCACCAUCCUGCAGAUGUCUGGCGUGGAAGAUGACAGGCUUGCAAUAUGGCUGGCUUCAGUGACAGCUUUCACCAACUUCAUUUUCACACUCGUGGGAGUCUGGCUGGUUGAGAAAGUGGGCCGAAGGAAGCUUACCUUUGGUAGUUUGGCAGGUACCACAGUAGCACUGAUUAUUCUUGCCUUGGGAUUUCUGCUCUCAGCCCAGGUUUCUCCACGGGUCACUUUGAGACCAGUGGCUCCUUCUGGUCAAAAUGCCACCUGCACAGGAUACAGUUACUGUAAUGAGUGUAUGCUGGAUCCAGACUGCGGAUUCUGCUAUAAGAUGAACAGUUCAGCUGUCAUUGAUUCCUCCUGUGUUCCAGUUAAUAAAGCAUCUACAAAUGAGGCAGCCUGGGGCAGGUGUGAAAAUGAAACCAAGUUCAAAACAGAAGACAUCCACUGGGCCUACAGUUUCUGCCCCACCCCCUACUCCUGGACGGCACUCCUGGGCCUGGUUUUCUAUCUCAUUUUCUUUGCGCCUGGAAUGGGACCAAUGCCCUGGACGGUGAACUCUGAAAUCUAUCCUCUCUGGGCAAGAAGUACAGGAAAUGCAUGCUCAGCUGGAAUAAACUGGAUUUUCAACGUCCUGGUUUCAUUGACCUUUUUACACACAGCAGAGUAUCUUACAUACUAUGGAGCCUUCUUCCUCUACGCUGGCUUUGCAGCUGUGGGACUGCUUUUCGUCUACGGCUGUCUUCCUGAGACGAAAGGGAAAAAAUUAGAGGAAAUUGAGUCACUCUUUGACAACAGGCUAUGCACCUGUGGCGCUUCUGACUCCGAUGAGGGGAGAUACAUUGAAUACAUCCGGGUCAAGGGAAGUAACUACCAUCUCUCUGACAACGAUGCUUCUGAUGUGGAGUAAUUUUCAGCGGAUGACAUUUUAGUUACUGAAUUGAAUGUGGAGAGAAGGCCAGCAGUUGGUCACUGCCCUGCUCACAAGCUACGUCUCCCCACACAGUCCUUCCAAAUGACUCCAUAUUCUAGAAGACUUGAUGAGAAGAAAAAUACAACCAUGGUGAUGUUUAUUUUCAUAAACAGAAAUGCUAAAACAAAACCCACAGAUUUUUUUCUUAAGCAGAUGUGUAUAAUCCCUUCCUGAGACAGUCUAAACAUUACUGUUGUACCCAGUGACUUCAGUAGGACCCCUUUCUCCUAAGACCAUAUACAAUUAUUAGUAGCAAUACAGUCAGUGGUGAUCUAGGCAAAGUAUAUAUGUAUAUUUAUAAAGGAUUAUUUAAGAUGACCCAAAGGUAUUUAAUGCCAAAACAUGGUCUGUUGACCCUAAAUUUUCAUACCAAGUAGUGGUUUUUCUAUGAUCCAUAGGUACAAAGUGAAUUCCAUCUCAACUUCCUUUCACAAAUUCAGAAGUCCUAUAAGGACAUAGCUGUCCCUCUCUCCUUUGGAUUCCAGAUGUUGGCUUCUGUCUCCAACACAGAUACAAUUUCUUCAGAGACUGAAUACACAAGAUCUUUUGAACACUAUCCAAAGCAGGCCCUUUAAGGGUUAUUUUCAUACUUUUUUGCAUCAGUGAUGAGUAUAUUUGCACAGACAAGCUAGCAUGUUUUGAUAAGUAUAUUUUAUUGUCAAAGUGAGAAAGAACAGAUUUUUAUAUAUCCUGAUUCGUUAGUCACAAAUGUGUGCACAAUUGGAAUGCCAUUGUAAGUGUGAAGUAGUGUCAGGUUGUCAGCUGUAUUCCAGGGUCAGCUUAAUCUACACAGAACUGUCCACAUUGUCACUCCCUGGCUCCUGCUGCUCUGUGCCUUCCUUGGUGUUAAAUGACAGCUGCUGGCGGACUGGUUUUCUCUUUCUGAUACACAAGAGGAAGGAGGUCGGGGCAGAAACAGUUGUUGACAUUUAUUUUAAAUCCUGGGACUUCGUUCUCCACGUUUUAUUGGCUCUUCCUAAGGACAGGAGGAUACCUCACGACUAAUUACUUGUAUUUUUCCCCUGAGAACGUGAGCUAGUUUUAAUUCUGUCAUCUUUUCUCAUUCCUAGUAAUUUGCUACACAACCAAAACUCAGAGCUCUGUCUGUUUCUCUAUCUCAUACUUGGUUUGGUUUUUCUGUCUGCUCUAAAAUAUCUAAAGGAGAUGUCUCCUUUGGAAAAGACAUAGGUUCUAAUGCCACAGUCAGUAAAACAGGUUGACUUACCUUUCCACAUUAUGUCUCAAAGUAUUUGGUGAUUUCUAUGUUCAUUCAACACUAAAUUCCUGAUUCUCAGCACCCUACUAAGAGCUAUGUGAUACAAACAAAAUUACUUGCUUACAAAGCUAUGGAUGAAUUUAAUGACCAGUUAGGAAUACAUCAGUUCAAUGUUUUACAUCCAAUGAUCUAAACACCUAAUUAAGUUCCAUAUCCAAGUGAAUGGAGGCUAGUGAUAAAAUGGAAAUAUUUUGGCCAGUCUCCAAAACGUUUAUUCUUCUUUUAAAGUCUGGCUUAUUCUUACCAUAAUUACCAAGCUGAGACUCUAGCAAAAGAAGUUUAUCCUCCAGUCACCAGGGGUACUUACUUACACAGUCACUUCUGUGGCCUACAAAUCCUUCAGCCAAAAGAGGACGUUCUCUCUGUUUGGUUGUUUAAUGUUAUUUUUUAAAAAAUUAAUAGAGUAUUUUGGAAAAUUUUUCCUCAGAUUAGGUGCUUUGAAAUUUAUUUAUAGAGAAUAUUAGUAUUGAUUUUUCUCUAGAACAGAAGAUAUUGUUUAAUGGGAUGUAUUGUUUGAUAUUUCUUAUCUCUGAAGAAGUUUCUUAACUCAGUAGUAUUUUACAAGAUCAAAUGAGCUAUUAUGUGGUAGAGUUAGCACAUAUGAGAAGAAAAAAGUGAGCAGAGUGCUCCUUUUAAAGUGUAUUUUUCUGAUUUGUUCAACAUGUUGCCUCAAUUCUUCCCUUCCUAGUCCACGUAGCCUUAAGUACACAGGUGUCUGCAGCUGGGCUGACACAUGGGACCACAUAUGACACAAAGGGACAGUUAGACUUGUUAGUCCUGAAAGCUGGUGUGACCUGUUAUUGCCGGCAUAAAAACAAGCAUGUUUUCAGUUUUCAGUCCAUAACUUAACAUAAUAAUGGGAAAUUGUCCACAUUUCUCUUGCCCUGUUCCCUUCAUUUCUAAAAAUUAUUUGUUAUUUAUAUAGUAACAAUAUUCCAUACCUUUAACAUACAAGACAGAGAGGCACAUAUAAGACUUAUUUAUAACUUUGAAAAAGCAACUCAAUACUUGAAAAGGAGCCUUCUAUAACCCAGGUAUGCUUUUUAGAUCUGGUGAACAUUUAUAGCACAUUCAAAGUUUGUGUUGGAACUGUUCAGAUUUUUAUUCUAUGAAACACCUUUUGUUUCUGGUGUCAACUUGAAAACCACCCAUGUGAAAUCAUCAACACAUAUAUUCUGUAAGACAAUUUCUAUAUGAUAUGAUUUGAUCCACUGCAUUCAAAUAGACAGAUUAAGCAGUAUACUUGCCUCUACAAUGAUAGCUUUCUUUCCAAACAUACUGCAAAUUCAAUACAGGUGUAUUUCAUUGGGGGAACACUGGAUGAAGAAGGUCAAGACUGCGCCUGCAACUUAGCUGGGUGACUAAUAUAUAGGAGAA